AUGAUUAAAGUACAAAACAGAAAAUCCAUAAAAAUAUAUCCAUCUAUGAUAAUCUGGAUUGUAUUAUUCAAUUAUAUAGUGUAUGUAGAAUGCUCUACAACAAAAAAACUUUUUGGACAUGCUAAAUUGGAUGGUAAUUAUCAGAUGAAUGAUCCUAAUGAUCUAUUCAAUGAAUUUUUAUAUUCAAAAGAGCUUAGUAUCAAUGAUCUAUUGGAUGUAUUAAAUGAAUUAAAAAAUUAUGUAAUACGUUAUGAUUAUCAUAUUGUUUGUGCGGAUAUAGAAAUAAAAAAUAAUCUAUGUAAUAGUGUAAUACAUCAAUUAGCAUUAAAAUAUUAUGAAUCUGCUAUUAAUACAACAUUAAAUACAAAAUAUAAAUCUUAUAUAUGGAGACAAAUACAUAAUGAUGAAUUCUAUGGAGUAAUGCUUAUUUUAGAUCCUAAACAAGGGAAUGAACAAGAUGAAAUGUAUCAGAUUCUUAGAGCAUCCACUUAUCAAAGAGAUAUUUGUGCUAGUCUUUUACUGGAAUCAGGAAAUAAUGAACGCUUACGAUAUAUUCGAUUACAUAAUGGUCCAGAUAAAUCACUUUCUGAAUUAAUUAAAAAUUUAAUGAUGAGACAGUUUGUAGAGGAAAGUACUCAACUUUACUUAUGCACUGAAUAUAAAGCAGCUGGUGUACACAAUGUUGCAAUCUUUGCUAACCAGCUAUCUCUGAAACAUUUCGUCAAUACAGGAUUCGAGAUGGUUGAAUGUGGUUCAAAAUUGUAUGAAGUAUGCGGAAAUAGUUGGUUCAAGAACCGGUGCCUAAUGGUCAGGACAAUCACGGCUGGGGACUGUCGAUCACCUUGA